AAGUAUUUAAACCAUCACACCAAACAAAUGGAAAGUCACAUCUAUGAGUUUUGACAGAUUGGUGGUGAAAGUUGCAACUUGCAAGGUGUCAUGUAUUAACUAUUCUCCUGUCCCGAUUUUCUAUAAUUAGCCCAAUUCGGAAUACGUCGAUGAUCAGUAUUCUAUUCCAUUUUCUAAGUAAAUCCAGAACCACGGGAUUGUUACUCAUCUGGGCAAAAGCUUCUUGAAGCUUAGGUGCAUAUAUACAGAGGUCUUACUCUAGUUCUUUAUUUAUUUCAGGUUGCUUCGAAGGAAAAUCUGGUGAUGGAAGACAAAUCUGAUAAAGUCCUUAAAAACGAAGAGAAGGUGGAGAAGGAAAAGCUUCAUCUCGAAGUUGUGAAUGAUAUUAAGAAGCCUGAUGAAGUAGAAGAACAGGCGAAGGUGGAACUAGAACUAAAUACCAAGUCAGUAGAGAUGGAAAAGCCAAUUCACAAGAAAGACAAAGAGAAACACGAGGAUGAUGAAAAGAAAUCGAAGAGUAAAGAGAAAGAUGGAGAUUCCAACAACAAAGAGCAUAAAAUAAAGGAAGAAAAGGAGGGAAAGAAGAAGAAGAAGAAACAGGAGACGUGUGAGGAUUGUAGCGAUGAAGAGAAGUCCAAAGAACAUAGGAAGAAAGAGAAGAAAAAUGACAAAGAUAAGGAAAAAGAAAAGAAGAAAAAUAAGGACAAAUGCAAGGGAGAUAAAAAGGACAAAAUUGUUGAAGAGAAGGAGAGUGGCGUAGAAGAGAAAGAACUGAAGCAUGGAGAGAAAGGUGUCAGUGUCAAGGAAAAGGAUAAGCGUAAUGCUGAAAGCGAAGAGGUGCAUGAUGAUAAAGAAGAGAAGAAAAAUGAGAAUCACAAGGAGGAAAAAGAUGAUGCUAAGAAGAAAGACAAUAAAGAGAAGAAAUCCAAAGAUGCAGAUGAGUUUGAAGGAGAAUUCAACGAGGAUGGAGAGAAGGAUGAGGGAAAAGAAAGUGAAGGGAAGGUAAAGAAGAAAGAUAAGGAGAAGAAAGACAAGGAGGACAAAUUGAUGGGAGGAAAAGGAAGAAGGGAUUUAGAGGAAAAAUCGAAUGAGGAAUCCAAGGGAGAGAAGUGUGAAGGCAAGGCAGUUAAAGAAGAAAAAGAAAAGAAAAAAGGUAAGGAAAAGAAAUGCAAGGACAAGAAAGACAAGAAGGAUAAAGAAAAGACAGUUUCAUAUGAGGAGUCACAAGGAGAAUCCAGCAAGGAAACUGGAGAUGAAAAAGAGGGGAAGAAGAAACACAAGGACAAGAAAGAGAAGAAACACGAGAACAAGGAUGAGAAAGAUGAAGAUGCGGUUAAAACUAAAGCCACGUCUAGGGAGAUUAAAAUAGAUGGAAAUGGGGAAACAUCAGAUGUUGAAGCUGCGGAUAAAAACAAAGAAAAGGGAGAGAAGUGCAAGAAAGAAAAAGACAAGGAAAUGAAGGACGAAAAGAAACAUAAGCUCGAAGAGAAGAACAAUGCCAAAGAUCUCAACAAGUUGAAGAAGAAGUUAGAGAAGAUCAAUGCUAAAAUGGAAGCUCUUCUGGAAAAAAAAGCUGACAUCUUGAGGCUGAUAAAGGAAGCUGAGGAUUAGAACCAUGUUCAUACUAAUAUGACCAAAGAUUCAGAGGAUAAUGCUCAAGACGUGGCAGCUGCUGCAGCUGAGGUAGCUUAGUACUCACUGAUAAUGUAUAUAAAUCGUUUAAAAACUGUCUGGCUGUUUUAUACGUUGUAUAUCUAAUGCUACAAUAAAGUACUCUCUCUCGCAUUUCAUUCGUGUAUUGCUAUUGGCAUGCUACUUACAAAAACGGAGGGAAAAUGUUUGCAUCUUUC